CUAAAUUAGCUUCAGAGUUAGCCAGAUAAUCUCCUCUCCUACUCCAGUCAGCAUUUAGCCAGCUAGCUCGCACCGUUUCAAAUCAAGCUGAGAGGAAUUUACAAACGCUAUGAUAACUUUGUAUCGUUAGCAUUUUAUUGGCAUUACUUUACCUUUUAUCCACUUCGUAUUAAUCUACCUUUAAAACUUAGUUUAAGUCGUUUAACUGCCGCCCCGAGAGAAACAUGGCCUCCCAAAACUCAAAAUGUCAUUGCAUUGCAGGCAAAUCCCAUGCUAAGCUAAAUGGCUAACGUUAGCUAGCGUUAGCAUGCUUGUUAGCAAUUUUGCGACUUUGGCUGUCAGCACUUAAUUACUGCAUUAAUUUAAAGCUCUGGCUGGCACGUGCCUGGUUAAUGUUACAUCAUCUAAGGCUCCAAAUAAAGGGCUAACUCUUCUGGAUCCCACUGUGCAUGAAGCUCUCCUGAGGUUGUGGUGUCUAAGUGCUGCGUGUCCCAGCUCUUCCUGCCUCUCAUCAUGUCCUCCACCUCCUCCUCCUACUCCUCCUCAGGGGAGACUAGUCCGGAGGAUGUACCCCGAGGUGGGGGCACCAUCCGAGUCUACCUCCCCAACAAACAGAGGACAGUGGUGAAUGUUCGCCAAGGACAGACUGUCUAUGAGAGUCUAGAUAAAGCCCUCAAAGUGAGAGGCCUGAGCCAAGACUGCUGUGCUGUAUUUCGCCUUCUAGAGGGUCGAAAGAGACUGACAGAUUGGGACACAGACAUCACUCCACUGGUUGGAGAGGAGCUUUUAGUCGAGGUCCUGGAUGAUAUUCCCCUUACCAUGCACAACUUUGUACGGAAAACCUUCUUCAAGCUGGCUUACUGUGAUUUUUGCCACAAGUUUCUCUUUAAUGGCUUCAGAUGUCAGACAUGUGGCUACAAAUUUCACCAGCAUUGCAGUAGCAAGGUCCCUACUGUGUGUGUGGACAUGGAUACCGUGAGCAAACGAUGUGAUCCUAGUCCCUGCACAGAUGAGUACCCACGGAUACUAUUGCCAGAUAAUUCCCCAUCACAGAGCAAUCUAGCCUUAACCCCAGAGCCUGCUGGGAUGGACCUCCUGUCCCCGACCUUUCGCUUCCCCAUGCCGGGUGGUGAUGGCCAGUCUCUCCAGAGGCAUCGCUCCACCUCCACUCCCAAUGUUCAUAUGGUCAGCACAGUGGGCCCUGCUGGUGCCAGCAUCAUAGAGGAAGCACUAAAAUUCAACAACACAAUGGGUCCUGAGCCCUCACCAAAGCCCUCCACCAGCCCACCCUCUUCUCUUGGCUCCCCAGGAAGGAGACCGCCCAAGUCUCCCUCAGAGCACAAGGAGCGCAAGCCCUCCUCAUCAGAUGACAAAAAGAAAGUGCACCGAGGAGGCUACAGAGACUCAAGUUACUACUGGGAGGUCCACUCUCGAGAAGUCACCAUUCAGAAGAGAAUAGGUGCUGGCUCCUUUGGAACAGUCUUCAAGGGCAAGUGGCACGGAGACGUGGCAAUCAAGAUCCUUAAAGUCACCGAGCCAACGCCUGAACAAUUGCAGGCCUUCAAAAAUGAAAUGCAGGUCUUACGGAAGACCCGCCAUGUCAACAUCCUGCUGUUCAUGGGCUAUAUGACUAAGCCCAACUUUGCCAUCAUCACACAGUGGUGUGAAGGCAGCAGCUUGUACCGCCAUCUGCAUGUCACAGAAACCAAGUUUGACACUAUGCGUCGCAUUGAUGUGGCCAGACAGACAGCACAGGGCAUGGAUUAUCUUCAUGCGAAGAACAUAAUUCACCGAGAUCUGAAAUCAAACAAUAUUUUUCUCCACGAGGGCUGGACUGUUAAGAUCGGUGACUUUGGCCUGGCCACAGUGAAGUCUCGGUGGAGUGGCUCUCAACAGGUAGAACAGCCCAGUGGAUCCAUUCUGUGGAUGGCUCCUGAGGUGAUCCGAAUGCAGGACAGCAACCCAUAUACGUUCCAGUCUGAUGUAUAUGGCUAUGGAGUGGUGCUGUUUGAGCUGAUGUCAGGGACCUUGCCUUACUCCAAUAUCAACAACAGAGACCAGAUAAUCUUUAUGGUUGGACGUGGUUACUUGUCUCCAGACCUCAGUAAGCUGUAUAGUACCUCACCCAAGUCAAUGAAAAGGCUUAUCAUUGACUGCCUGAAGUUCAAACGUGACGAGAGGCCCCUGUUUCCCCAGAUCCUGGUAGCAAUUGAGCAGGUUCAAGACCUGCUGCCAAAAAUCGAGAGGAGUCGCUCAGAGCCGUCGCUCCAUCGGGCCGUCCACGCUGAGGACCUGAACCCCCUUCUGUUCCACACCACCAGGCUGGUGCCCCUCUAAGCUCCCCACAACAUGGGGCAGAGAAGUCGUCACCUGUCUAAAACCAUCACAGUGUGAGGCAUUCAGGUGUCUCAGAGAGGCCACAGGCUGACUGUCCUGACAGACCACAACCCCCAACUCACUUCCUGCCCCUGCAGAGCCCCGGAGCUGCAGCACUCAGCGCAAAACUCAGUAACUGCAGAAAUAACCGUAACACUUUUAGUCUGAUGGUGAAUCUUCUAUUCUUUUAUAACAUGACAAAGAUCUGCUCAUUAAGGGAUGUAAUUAUCUACUGUAUCCAGAAGGAUGUUAAAAUGCCUCUGAUCAGUCCGUUUGCGAAAGUCAUCAAACUGGUUAAGCUGCAUUACAUAUUCUGACCUACUAGGAAGUAUUUUCAGUUGGUUUUCAUAAAUGGUAAAGACAGUUUGGCACCAACCCUGCAAAAUUGUGUGCCCAUUUUCAGGAAUAAAUUAGUCUUAGACCUUUGAGGAGCACUGUGAUCAUAGCCAAAACAUUUAAAUCAGGUCAACAGUCCAGUGCCAGAGCUGCUGGUUCAAGUCACCUGAUCAGCUCACAUAUUUCAAAUGCUCUGUUGUCAUGCGCCCCUUUCAGUCUAAUGCGAUGGGAGAUCUGAGAUGUGAAGCUAGUGAUUUGAAAGCAGACUCAGUGCUUAGUUACCUUGGUAAAAGUGUCUCUGCACAUACAGAAAGCAGUGACGGGCUUGAAAACAGAAGUGGUGGAUUUUUGCAACUUAGUAUGACCUCAGAAUAAUUUAUCUGAUUUGGAUAGCUGCACUCGAAUCAUUAAGUUCACCUUGGACCCAGGUUACCAUUGAUGUUACAUUAUUGAUGGACUAAAAAAAAAAGUUAAACUCUAAAAAGCAUUUGAUAUGUGGAGGUUGAACGGUUAACACAGCAGCACCUGGCCGAAAUGACUGUAGUUCAAAUAAUUAUAUUUUUUAGAGAUAUGCAUUUGAAUUCACAUAUUCCUGUGAGUCUUAAACAUUACAGUUUGGAAAAAGUACAUCAACAGGCCAUUAGAUCUCUUUCAGCUUAAAUUAUUUGGACCAAUAUUUUUGCAGUUGAUACAGAAAGGUUUGUCUGACAAUUUGUUGUUCUGAUAUUGAACAUUUCCGAGCCCAAAUCACGGGGCAGAAUAUUAAUCAAUUCUUAUGCAGAUAAAACUACUGUAUUAAGACGGUUGAGGUUUGGGGCUUUAAAUAGACUGAUAGGACAGUGUUGAUCAAUUCUACACAUCCUCUUUAACUGCAACAUUUAAACCUUGUAAAAUUAGCUCACUGUUUUGGUCUGCCCCUCAUACACAGUGUCGGAAAAACACGUUUACGUGUUUGUGCAGAGCACACCUUAAAAUUCAAGGUGGUACCAAGUCUUUUUGUUCCGCUGAUUCUUUUCUCUAGUUUCACCAGUGUCAUCACACCCCAGAUCACAGGACUGCAGAUAAGACAGCUUUUACCUGUUUUCUUUUGUCAUUUUUAUCUUCAUGAGGAAUUGACAGACCAUUGUAAGUUCCAUUCUUAAUGUAACUGGUUAGUUGUAUUGCUGCUACUUUUAGUGUUUUCUAUUCAUAUUUUUUCUACACCUCAGAAAUGAGACAGGCUUGGACCAGAGUGCACCUUCAUUGUUCGCAGCUGCAACAGGUCUUUUGCAGUGUAAAUUAGCCCUUGGUUGACACCUCACACAUACAUGCCCACACACAUACUGGUCGUAACACUGUGAGUUACUUGGUUAAAUGAGUCAUACCGAUUUGGAUGCACUGCAGAAGGUGUGAGAAGUGGAAUUAAUUUCCUGCAAAUAAUUGAGGAUUCAGUGUGCUCCAUAUAAACUUGACCGUAUCACGUCGAAUGGAUUAGGGUGACGAUGCACCUUUUAGAACAGUCUGUCCUCGAAGGCGCUCGUGUUGUUAUCCAUUAUACACACACACAGUGACAAUGAAAAAGACGGCUUGAAAGAAGCUCAAAUCAUGCUUAUUUUCACCUUUAGAUUUUUGGAUUUUUUGUGUCAGAAAAGCAUCAUAAUUGUCUGAUCGCUCUCGAUUCCACUGUUAAUAAAGGAGCUUUAGAUGCUGUAGAUGAGUGGGCAAUGACUUGGUUUGAAGAAUGAGUCCUUACAGUUUAAAUGAGCAAAUUAUGCAUCAUCCCAUUGUUCAUGUAGCUAGCUGAUAAGUGAGUAGCAUUAAUGGACCAAAGUUUAGAUCUUUGUUUGUUUGACUUUCAUGCCGUCUUUGUCUUUCAAACAACAGUUGGAGGUGACUGGCUAUAACUCAGUACGUUUACAUGCACACCUAAUUCAAGCUACAGUCAUAGCUCGACUUGGCCAUUUAAUUGGACUACUGUCCUUGUCCCAGUAUACAAGCACAGGAGGGGAAUUGAUUUAAUGACCGAAAUAUGUUCUUCUCUGAUAUGAUGGGUGGUGAAAUGCCUUGUUAGUAUUGGACCUUUUUUCGGUUGACCUAUUACAUCACAGACCCAACAAUCAACAAACGUGAGCUAUGGUUAGCUAGCAGCAAACUGGUACCAACAGCUUUGUACAUUUCGUACGUGCUGUACACUUUUACUUUUUGUACAGAUGAGAUGCACGCUGGAUGUAGAUUUCGCCAUGUUACCUGCUUCUUCUUCUGUUACCCAUUUAAUGCUGUUCGACUUCCAGGUCAAAGCCAGAAACUGUGAAGCAUGUGCAGAGCACCUAGGCCAGUUUGGGUUUGAUUGACUGUGUACAUGCAGGAGUAAUUAUAUUCCCAGUCACACUGUCUGGGUGUGUUGGUCUGACUUUGAGAAAUUCG